AUGUCAUCUUAUGGUAGCCGUGCACACAAGGUUUCAAGCAUCUAUCGAAGGGUCAAUGGUCUUCUUAAAAAUGGAGCUUUGAGUGCAAAUGAAAAGCCGUUAUGGUUCGACGUAUAUAAGGCUUUUCCACCAAAAAUCGAGCCUACCUUUGAACGUCCGCUCCCUACUGAUCUUCAAGUUCGUGAAAUUCUUUAUCCAGAAGAUGUUGGCCGAGCGAAAUUCUUUCGAACAUUUGAAAAUUCAUCUGAGGAUCUCCAUAAUUUGUUCUCUCAACAAGACAACGGAACUCAUCUUUCCAAGUUUAUUGCCAAAGGCCGUUCAAUGGGAGCUGAUGAAAAUAUGGAGUUGUGGGAAGAUGACCAUGCGUUUAGUGGAGACCUUAUUUUCCUUGGUACCGGUUCAGCUUACCCUUCUCCCCAUAGAGGGGCUUCGGCAUCUGUUCUUCGUCAUAGUAACGGGACUCAAUGGCUUUUUGACUGUGGUGAAGGCACCCAAAUUCAGAUCCAGCGAUGUGCAGCAGUCAGGGCACAGAAAAUCACUCGAAUAUUUAUUUCCCAUCUCCAUGGAGACCAUAUAUUUGGUUUGCCAGGUAUGUUGGCUACCAUCUCUGGAAUGCGGGAACACGUAACUGACCCCAUGGUUGUUCACUCAAUUGAACCGGAUAAGAACCCCGGACCUCCAGAUUUGGAGAUAUAUGGGCCUGCGGGAUUGAGAAGAUUCUUAAGAUCAUCAAUCAGUUUGUCAUGGUCACUUCUGCACUUGACCUACGUUGUACACGAACUUCAUCCUCGGCCUGAUAUGAUAGCCAAUUGCUACCCUUAUUGGACAAAGAUUGAUCUUGACCCUGUAAGAGACAAAAGGCUGUAUUUUGAGCUUGAAGGCAGGGACAUCUUCCCAGAUGAACAUGGUUUCUUUCGAGACAUUUUUGACAAGGCGAACGGAGUGAAAGACGAUAGGAGUAAUUUUGUGGCUCACGCAUUUAUGCUUGAACAUCCGGUUCCUUGUGUCGGUUAUCUCUUUUUGGAACCCUCGCCUCUACCCGCUCUCCAUGCCGACAAGGCCAUUGCCCUGGGGGUCAAACCAGGUCCUCUUAUGGGGAAAUUAAAAGCCGGUCAAUCAGUGACAUUUGAGCGCGAUGGGAAACAGGUCACUGUCAGCCCCUCACAAGUUUUAGGUCCUCAGAAGCGUGGUCGUCGGAUAGCAAUUCUAGGAGACAGUCGCAACUCCUCUGAAUUGCGACGUCUACUUCAACUUCUCUGUUAUGAAUCUAGAAUUGGUAAAAUUGAUCAAAGGGGUGAGCACUUUAAAGCCAAUGCCACUUGGAGACUGGAUUGUCUUGUCCAUGAGGCCACAGGACAUUCAGGGGAACAAGGUGAUCAAUCGAUGGCAGAUAAGGGUCAUUCCACUGCCAGAUCUGCAGCAGCCUUCGCUUCCACCAUUGGAACGAGACAGUUGGUGCUGAAUCAUUUCAGUCAGAGGUUUAUCAAUGAUGAAGCCUUUUUAUCGCAAGGAAAAGAUCCUGUGAAUUAUUCGAGAGUAUCUUCUCUGUUGGAGGAUGCCAAAAGUUGCAAAGAAUUUGAUGGCGAAGUUCAUCUGUCAGAUGAUUUAAAAAUAAUUCCGAUUGUUGGCAAUGUUGAAGAUGGUGAUGAUCUUGAACUCGAUACUAAACUUCAGGCUCAAUGA